AUGACAGAAUGUAGAGAAGAUGAUCUACCUUGGAAAGCAAUGGCAACCGGCGAUUCGGUUCAGGGAGUUGCGAUCACGAAGGCAAAUGAAAAUCAAGAAUCCAACAACGACGAAGAACACACACAAAUCGACUAUCUCUUCUCCUCCAUUCUCAGCAACUCUCUCUCUUCUUCGGAGCUCUCAACGACUCUCACUCAACAACGAAGACAAACCGAUGGUGCUCUGCCUAUGAAGACGAACUGA